GGUCUCCACGGACUCCUUCCUGGCUUGCUGCUCCCCAGCCGGACCUUCGGGAGGCGAGGCCGCAGCCGGCGGCUCUCCCGCCCCGGACGGGUCUGCGCGUCGGGGAGCGCUCGGCGCCGGCUGCGCGCCCUGCACGGUGCUGCCUGCUCUCCGCCGGCCGCGCUCCAUGAGGCUGCCCAGCAUGUCCGGGAACUUUCUGCUGGCGCCCAUCCCGGAGGCCUCCUCGGACUGCCACCUGCCCAAGGAUAUCAAACUGGCCGUGCUGGGCUCUGGCCGCGUGGGCAAGAGCGCAAUGAUUGUGCGCUUCCUGACCAAGAGAUUCAUCGGCGAUUAUGAACCUAAUACAGGCAAGCUGUAUUCCCGGCUCGUCUAUGUUGAAGGAGAUCAGCUAUCCCUGCAAAUCCAGGACACCCCGGGGUGCCUUCAGGUGCAAGACAGCCUCAUCCAGGUGGUGGACUCUCUGUCCAGGUAUGUGCAGUGGGCAGAGGGCUUCCUGUUGGUCUACUCCAUCACAGACUACGACAGCUACCAGUCCAUCCGGCCCCUGUACCAGCACAUCCGGAAGGUCCACCCUGACUCCAGGGCCCCUGUCAUCAUCGUGGGCAACAAGGGGGACCUGCUGCAUGCCCGGCAGGUGCAGACACAUGACGGCCUCCAGCUAGCCAAUGAGCUGGGCAGCCUGUUCCUGGAAAUUUCCACCAGUGAGAACUACGAUGACGUUUGCGAUGUGUUUCAGCACCUCUGUAAAGAAGUGAGCAAGCUGCACAGCCUGGGUGGCGAGAGGAGACGGUCCUCCAUCAUCCCCCGGCCGCGCUCACCCAACAUGCAGGACCUGAAGAGGCGCUUCAAGCAGGUGCUGUCGUCCAAAGUCAAGUCCCCCUCUGCCUCGGCACUGGGGUAAACUCACCCGGCGCACACAGGCCUGGCGCCUUUUUAUGAUGCGUCUGUGCAGCUAGAAAGACUGGGGCUCCUCCUUUUAAUCACAUCCUCAGAGUUUAUUUUUAUAAAGACAUUAUGGGUUUUCAAA